AUGACGGCGGCGGAGGAUUACGUAAUAUUCGGCAAGCGGCGCACGCCACCACUCGGCCCUGCUAAGCGUGCAUUAAUAUUGUCAAUAGUUGGAGUUAGUGGAAGUGAAGUACGUGUUCCGCCUGCCGCUAUCUACGGCACAGCUCGCGCGGUGAAUUCGAAUGGCCUCUCACACCGUCGUCGCACCCGGUCGCCACCUCACGCCCUCCACCCCGUAGAAGUUUUCUUGGGCGCAUGCAAUUUCGAAGUUGCACAAGAAGCCGGCCAGCCGACUGGAGCGAGAAGAGGACGCUGCGAGCACGCCAACUUGGCGCCUCGCCCCGCACCCCGCGCCGCCGAUUUCGCCCUCGCCAACCUCACGAGCUCUACACAAUAG